CCGGCAGUCACCAGUCAUCAGCCCUCCACCCCUCACCGGUCCGCCUCCUCCCCUCACUAGUCAGCCCUCCUCUCCUCACCAGACUGCCCUCCACCCUUCACCAGUCUGCUCCCACCACUCACCAGUCAACACCACACUUUCUUCAGGUCGGGACGGUUAACGAAGGGCAUCCGGAACAUGGCUUUUCCGCACCAGAUAUUGCUCCUGGCGGUUCUCCACCUGUGUUCGUUGAGCGUGUGGGCUAAAGUGGAGCUGACUAUGGAUGAGACUGUGGAGGCGUAUAGAGGCGACUUGGUCCAGAUCCCCUGCCAGUACAACUUCACUGACAACGCCAAGCCCAGCCUGGUCAUGAUCCAGUGGUUCGUGAAAGCGGCCGAGAGCGGUCUGCGCACGCGCAUCUUCUACAGCGACAACGACCAGGAGAUGGUGGACGGGGACACCGAGUACAGCACGCGCAUCCAGGUCAACGCCGACCCGCAGGGCUCCGUGCUGACGCUGCAGGACGUGCUGCUGCUCGACGAGCGCGAGUUCAUCUGCCAGGUGAACGGCCUGGCGGCGGGCAACGCCGAGGGCAGGACCAACCUCCGGGUGUUCGCUCCGCCACAGCCCCCCGUGAUCGAGGGGGUCCUUACGGGGAUAUCGGUGACCAACGAGGCCUUGUCUAAGGUGGCGUCGUGCGAGGCGCAGAACAGCUUCCCCAAGCCCAACAUCACCUGGUACCGCAACGACCUUCCCCUGGUGCCCGUUGAAGGAUACGUGAACGUGGUGACCCUGGUGUCCCGCGAGUCCGAGGGCUUCUUCACGGUGGAGAGCGAGCUGCAGUACAAGGUGGUGAGGGAGGACCGCCACGCACGCUUCACCUGUGAGGUCCACUACCUGGUCCCCGGAGCCGUCAGGACCGCCGAGUCCCGGGACGUCAACAUCACCGUGCACUACCCCACUACCAUGGUGGAGCUUUGGAAGGAGUCUCCGCCCGGUCCGGUGAAAGAGGGGGACACCGUUGAGCUUCGUUGCCACGGCGACGGCAACCCCCCUCCGCCCUUUAUCUUCAACAGAGAACAAGAGCCAGAGGGGGCCCUGGGUUCCAGCGGGGACGUCCUGGUCCUGACCGAGGUGACGCGGAGCGAUAGCGGAGUCUACCAGUGUCGUCCUCAGGACAGCCAAUCACGGGCCAGCGUCAUGGGAGACAUGCUGCUCACCGUGCAUUACCUGGACCCCGUGGUGGUGGUCCCCAGGGACUCCGAGGUCAUGUUUAAGGGGGAGAGCCUCACAGCCACGUGCAACGCGUUGUCCUCUCUGGAAACCACCGCUGUAUGGUACAAGAACGGGAAGCAGGUGGGGCGAGGCCACACCCUGACCCUGGCGGACGCGACCUACGCCACCAGCGGGGAGUACGUGUGUGAGGUGACGGUGCCGUCCCUGCCCGCCCUGCGCACCAGCGGCUCCGUCCACAUCAUCGUCCAGGGUGCGCCCCAGCUGAGCGAGGAGCGGGAGGUGGAGCUGGAGGAGGCCACAGGCCGGCUGGUCAACCUGAGCUGUGAGGCCCAGGGACACCCGCUGCCCACCAUCUCCUGGAGCAUCGUGGGGACCCAGAUCUGGCGCGAGGUGGUGAACAGGGCCAGUGAGAACACGGCUCACAGUGUGGUGUCGGUGAAGGUGAUGUCGGACGUCAGCGCGCUGUGCAACGCCUCCAACGACAUGGGCGCCGAGGUCAAGAGCUUCCGCAUCACAGCCAUUCCUCUGGCCUCACCCCCCCCCGUCCCCCACUCUCCCGCCGAGGGCAGCGGGGUGGUCAUCGUGGUGAUCAUCCUGUCCCUCCUGCUGCUCGCCAUCCUGGGGAGCGUCGUCUACUUCCUGCACAAGAAGGGCAAGAUCCCCUGUGGACGCUCUGGGAAGCAGGAGAUCACCAAAGAGAUGCUGUCUAAAGACGACAUUGUGGUGGAGCUGCAGGCCGACCCCAAGGCGGAGCAGGCCGAGCUGCUGAAGGGGGCCAACGGGGCCCCGAAGGCCCCUGGGGACCAGGAGGUGGAGUUCAAGAAGUGACCCGGCCAGGGGGGGGACACACCUCCCACCACCAGGCUACUCCCCCCCCCCCCCCCAUCCUCCAUGUCACUCUGUGGUCCUGAAGUGUUGAUGUCAAAACACACACACAGUAUUUAUUUGGUGAUUGGAAGAUGGGUUUUUUUCCCCAACUGGUUCCUGCACCGUUUUCACAACAAAAGAUUGUUUGCAGUUGAUGGAGGUUUGAUGAUACUCUGUAUUCUUAUGAAACUGUAUAUAUUAUACAUAUAUAUAUUGUUAUUUAAGGACUUUCCGCACACGGUUUUGCUUUGCAGGAACAUUUGAAAGCGAAUUUCUCUUUUCUUUUUCAUAUUUUUGUUUUGUUCAAUAAUCAAUACCAACGUCUGGUGAAGCCAAAGCUAUUUUUUUUGCAGGGUUUUUAUUAUUUGUACUUCUAUGUUUCGAUGGGAGGCCGUGGUACACAGAAGGGUCCCUGAUAGUGUCUGUGAGGAGGACCCGUCCAGGCCCUCAGCCACUCUGUUACCAGGCUCACUAUGUCGCCAACGCACACGACACCAACCCCCGUCGUUUGGACAGCUCCUUUUCUGCAAAACUACUGUCAAACUCGGGGACUUUGUGAAUAACCAGCGGAAGGAUUGUUUUGAUUUGUUUUUUUUUUCCUUCGAAGGGCCACGACUUGUAGGCUGCAGUGCCUGUUAACAUGUUCAAAGUUUGUUUUGAGAAUCCAUUGAACACUGAAUUUAAAUUCUUGUCAUUUUCUUGUUUGCCUUGUGUAUAUUGUAUUAGGGUGCGGGCACUGUAGUCAGGCAGAAGAAUGCCAGUUUUCAUUUUUUAUGACCAGUUUGCUUACUGUGUAGGUUAUGUUAGAUGUGUUUUGUUGAUAGAUCUGAAAAGCCCCAAUGACUUGCAAUGUUUGUUUGUUUUUAAUUGUGUUCCAUCACUUUGCAUUGUGUCGAGUUCAAUUUGUAGGAACAUAUCCAGGUAGUGCUUCAAUCCAGAACACUUGCUUGUGUACAGUGUGUAGUUGUGAGAAAAAAAAGAUCCACGUUUGACCUGUAGUUUUGGUUGGCACCGUCUUCGUUCCGCAGCAGUGAGUGGGCGGACUUUGGCGCACGCAAUAAGAAACGGUGGUUUAGUUUGGAGUAGUUCUUGAUUAAAAUGAUUCUCAUUAUAAACCGUUUAUAAUGUGGGCCGGUCUCACCUACUGAUGGGACCGCGUUGGGAGGGAGUGGAGUGAAUAUGCCAUACAGCAAACUGUCCGCACGAAAGAAAACAAUGUCCUGGCAUUGUGUGUGAGACAGGUUUUCAGGAAUAUGACUCCACUCAUGUUUUUGGUUUUAUUGGAAUGGUUCUGGACAUUUCGCCAACGGGAGUUUGAAACUGUACAGUUGGAUUUUGUAUGUUUUUCUCCCCCCCCUGAAAUUUGGAUACAUUUAAGUAAUGUACAUGUUAUUCUUUAAUGCUUGCAUUUUUAUAUAUAUAUUUGUUUUUCAAGAAAAGGAUGCUAAAUAAAAAAUGGUUCAUUUGAAAAAAAUAA